AUGGUGGCCGAUACCGAGAAUAUCCAGAGAUUGCGCACCUACUUGAAUUUUAAGACACGUAUACAGAUUAGCGAUGGCAGAACGUUUAUAGGCGUGUUUAUGUGUGUCGACAAGGACAAGAAUAUUAUCCUUGCUCAUGCAGAGGAAUUCAGAGGAGAUGAAAAACGUCUUGUAGGAUUAGUGAUGAUCCCAGGAAAGCAUCUUGUCAAGGUGGAAGCAGAAAACAUGAAUGCUGAUGAUCUUUACUCUUGA